AUGCGCCUGCCGACACUUUUUCUCGAUCGCGAAGGGACAUGGAGGCUCUCGCGCGGUCUUGAGGCAGUCCGUCUUCUACAACUUUACAAAAACUACUCAGAAAAACUGAGAACCUGAAACAGAACUUUUAGAAAAAAAAGCCUUCAAAAGUCAUGGUGUGGCGCGACACGUGUCUUUUCGUGACUUUUUAUCGGAAAUGUUUUUCCAAAAAAUAGUAGGUUUCAGAUAACAAGGUCCUUUUUCUUGAAAAGGUUAUAGUCUGUUCAGAUUAUCAAUUUAAAAUGCAAUGACGUCAUUAAAACACUCUGUGUCGCUCUCUGAUUGGUUUAUCGCACCAAUAGGGGCGGAGCUUGAGCGACGACUUAACAUUCAAAAUCUGAACAGACUAUAGAAAAAGGAGCUUUUGUCCUUCUUUGAAAGUUCUCAAGAAGUCAUAUAUAUAUAAUCUAUUUUUUUCAGCCGUGUAGAAAUGGACCGACCACUAAUUGUGAGAUUAAAGAGUUGAACGAAGCAAUGAACGCGAGAAAUUCGAGAGAGAAGGAAGAGCUGAAGAGAAAGGUGAGCAUGACAGUUCAAUUUAGAUCAUUUUUCUUUUUACCUUUUUUUAUUCUAUAUACGAAUCCAUUUCAAUUGCCUUAAGGAACAUGAUCUGAUUAUUCGAGAAAAAGGGGAACACCUUAUCCGUCAAAAAACUACUAAACUAUAGUUAGGGAGCGCUUUGUUUGAAAAUUGAAAAAAAAGCCUAAAAAACGUAAGCCGAAAAUUCGAAAAACGCCAUGUUUUUCGGUUUUCCCGCGCGUCACUAAAAGCUUCGUAACUCGGCCUAAAAUCAAAAUUUUUUGAAAAACUAAACUGAUUUGACUUUUGGACAUUCUGUUCUAUCAGAUGAUAUUGGAUUCGACUGUCCAUAACUUUUUUUUCGAGAAAUGGCUUGUGGUGCAUAACUAUAGUAGUUUUUUUUGACCAUUUGAGCAACAACUAAUGACCACUGAAGAAGCUCCUCUAGGGCCACUUGGAGAGGGCACUGAAGUGGCCACUAAAACACCUUUAUAGAAGCCGCUGUGUUGCACCUUAGUGAAAAAUACAAUAGUUUUUUUUAAUACUACCACUUAGACUCUUAAAGAGGCUCCUUAAUUUUAUUCGCUCAAGUGGCCGCUAAAUCGCCUACUGUAGUGGCCACUAAAACGUCGAAAUCGUAAAGUGGCCACUAAAAUUGUUCCCAGAUACACGAAAAAAAUCUCCUGUGUCGCAGUUUUUAUCAAAAAGCUUGAUUAAUUUCAGAAGGAGAAGGACGGAAAACAGGCCGAAAAAAAGUAA